AUGAGUACUCCUUCGACAGCUGAGUUCUACUCCUCGAUAACCACCUUUCUGCAGUGUCUCAACUUGACCACGAAAUUUGAGGGUCAAGUCCCGAACGAGUUCCAGAUAAUAACCCAUGCAGAAGAGAAUGAUGGAGUUUUUAUUCGGUACACGUACAAUCCGUCCGAGAAAAAUGUGACGUAAGUGGGAUGCGGGUGCAAAAUUUCAAUUUUAUGUGCUAGAAUUCAUCUAGUAAGUAGGUGACCCUAAUUUUGUGCAGUUUUUUAGUUCGAGAGGGUGGUAUUUUGCUGCGUUUUUGAUACUUCCCGGAUGCAAAAUGGUGCGUUUUUUGCCACCGGAUUAGGUCCGCCACUGUAUCUUUGCUUCGCUGGUAGAUUCGGAGCUGAAGUUCUGAGGGAUUAAAAUGUGACGCAUUUGGGGUGCGCGCGAUAAACUUGAGAAAGAUUUAUCAACAUCAAAUGUUACUUUCAGUGAAGAGAAAUUGGACUUGGUUGACAAACAGACAGGCCUGGAAAAUUACCGCGUUCACUUGGCGCUGGAAGAAGACAAGUUUCUCACCGGAGUUUCUGGAUACAACGGUUCAAAGUGGGGCUUUACCUUUAAAAUAUUUUUUUGUAGGAAACGCCUGGUUUUUGAUAAGAAAACCAAAAAUGUAGAUUUUUUAGUACUAUGUAGAUUUUUACAACAAGAAAAGAGAACAGGGGGGCCAAUGCAGAGAGCCGGCCUCUGCACGCCUCUGAGGUGACUAGACAUGGCUACCGGGCUGGGCCGGCCCGGAAUAGUUAAAAUCCAGAAUCUCGAAGCGAAAAUUGGGCUUGCUAAUGUUGUGGGUAGGUAUUUACCGUAGACCCUUAUACAAUCUGAAGGCGUUUGCAUUCAAUACUUUAUUGAGGAGACCCUUCGUAUACGCGUCCGUAUGCGGAGCCUACAAUAAAGCCAACUGGGGGAAAUCGGGGUGCGCAUCUCUCUUUAACCCGCCGCGCGGGGCUAUGAUUGAUUACGCGCCACGACACUAAUGAAAAUAAAUGGAAUGUCAAAACACAAUUUUUUGAAGGUAUUUUUGUUUUCAGAUACGGAAAAAGUUCCUUGUUUUGGCCACAACAAAGGUACUCCGCGAACUGCGCCCAAGCUUGGGCACUAAAGUUAGGAAAAAACGCUUCGACCUAGCUGGCACUGAAUUACUAUAAUAGCUCUAUAGUUUUAAGGGUACCUACGAAGGCUGUGACGACUCAUUUAGUUCCAUACGGAGGCAAUAAGUUAGUUUUGCACAUGUUUCAUCGUAUAAAGUGGGAAAUCGCAGGCUGCAGCCUUUUUGAAGAGCAAGGUGGUACGUAAAAAAGAAGGUACCUCACUAACUAAAUCCGCUGUCCGGGCAUUGACAACGAUGAAUUGAGCGUGCACGCUAAAUUUGGGCUAAUUCCGACCAGUUUCCGCAAAGUUAUAAGUUGCGGCCAAAAUAAGGAACUUUUACCUUAGAUACCUACGGAAACACAGUAUUUAUCCAUUUACAUGACGAUAGAAAAAAAAAUUUGGAAAUAACGAGCUAGACUUGGGGAGACUUUUGUUUCAAAGGGCCGGCCCGGGCCGGGCCGAAGCAAAUUUGAAACGGGCCGUGCCGGCCGACGAGCCAACUCAUCUGUGACUUUGCAGGAUUUGCCCCGUAUUCAACAAAGCUUUCGAGGAUGAUUACUGCAAGAAAAAGUCAUUUUCCGAAAUGUUGGGGCAUGAUUUGGUGAUGAUUUCGUGUGCCGCCAAUUUAGCGACCCCGUUCAAAUUGAACGGAACGAAGCUUAGCCCGUACAUACUCAACAAUACGCGCCAGUUCAACUGCGAGAGCAAGCUUGCAGUGUUUGGAGAUAAGAUUGUCUUCAAAAAUAAGGGAGAGGACGUCUGCAAAGAAUUAAAUUGGGCUGUGGAUCACAUUUGGAAAGCGUCGGAAUGCGCAAAGGACGAUGAAUACAAGUUGAAUUCAAAGAACGUCCUACUUUUUCCAUUAGUAAGUCAAAAAAACGGGUCCCGACUUUUCGGGUUAGGGAGAGAUCGGGUCAACGACAUUCCGGGUUAACGAUACCGUUUAACUUUUUCGCUUCGGGACUGGAAAAAAGAAUAUUUUGAAGAAUUUGAACAAAAUUUUCACGUUUACGUAUACGUGAAUCGUCCUGUCUUAACAGUCAACAGCGGAAUAGUUCAUCUAAAAAAAUCCAGAAAUAACAUUUUUACUCUACUCUUUAAAGGAAAAUUGUGACGUACAGAUCGGUUAUCCACAAAAAAAUCUUUGUUUUCUUUUCCCGAAGCGAAAACGUUUCAAAAUUUUGUUAAAUUUUCACAAAAAUUCUUUUUUCCAGUCCCGAAACGAAAAAAUUAAACGAUAUCGUUAACGCGAAAUGUCGUUGACCCGAAACGCCGUAGCGCCAAAAAAUUGCUUUUGUUUAUUUGUAAUCUAAAUAAUUCUUGUUUUCAGAACUACAUUCUUAUUAAAUUUUCGGCGGAAGGAUGUAAUCCACCUGGUCCUGAGGUAUCCGAUUAUUUGAACAACACCUACGUCAAGUACCUGUACUAUCCGAACGAAAGAUCGUGGGUCCUUCGUUUUCUGUGAAUUAUAUUUUUUUAGAAGUUCCGAGAAUGUGACGAUUGCGACGAUCCAAGAUGAAUCCCCGAAUUGGGCGCUGAUAGGAGGAGGCAUUGGCGGGGCGCUGGUGUUCCUCUUACUGCUGAUAGUGCUGGCCAUUUUUCUAAUUCGACGAUACAGGAAAAGGCAAUAUAGGUAAGCAAAGUUAUGAAGAGUCGGAGUGGGACGAUUGGGGAAAAACACGAUUGGGGAAACCGAAAAGCGCACUAUGAAAAAAUUUUGAGAAAUCUAAGCUACUCUAACUUUUGAUCCAAAGAAUCAAUUUUUUCUUGCCUUAGGCAAAACUUUAGAAAAACGUUGUCAACAGGUAACUAGCUCAGAAUAACGAUACCAAUCCAUCCGAACCACCCCCGACUCUCUGGCAUGUCUAAUCUUUGUGAUACAAAAUUUUCGAUAAAAGUGCAGUACAAAAAAAAAUAGAAAUUCCAAAAUUUUUUGUUUUGUUAGUGUACUAACUGGGUUGAAUUUCAGCCCUGUAGGACCAACUUGGAAAAAAUGUGCCAAGGCACAAUUUGGCCUUUAG